AUGGAAUGGUGUAACCAGAGCACUUCAAUCAAAUAUCUUUUCAAAUACAUUAGCAAAGGCUAUGACAGAAUAACAACUUCGGUGUCAACCAAGAACAAUGAACCAGUUGAUGAAAUAAAACAAUACUUAGAUUGCAGAUAUAUCUCACCAUGUGAAGCGUGCUGGAGAAUUUACUCCUUUCACAUUCAUGGUAGAAGACCGGCAGUUGAACGUAUGUUUUAUCACCUGGUAGGCGAAAAGGCUUUUUACUACACUGAUCACGAUCGAAUGGAAAAUGUUUUGGAGAAUGCAAGUGUUACUGAUUCCAUGUUUACUGGUUGGCUAUCUGCAAACUCAAAGUAUAAUGAGGCACAGUCACUCACUUAUGGUCAAUUUGUAUCUAAAUUUGUUUACCACAAAAAAGAAAGGGAGUGGAGGCCCCGCAAAAAGGGAUUCACCAUUGGGAGAUUGAUAUGGGUUCCACCAAUAACAGGUGAACUUUUUUAUCUGCGGAUGAUGUUGACGGUAGCCAAGGGACCAAAAAGUUAUGAAGAAAUUCGCAAGGUCGGUAAUACCCAGUAUGAAACAUUUAGAGAUGCAUGCUUCGCCAUGGGAUUUCUGGAAGAUGACAAAGAAUAUAUUGGUGCUCUCAAAGAGGCCAGUGAAUGGGGCUCUGGACAUUUUGUCCGAAAACUAUUUGUGGUGAUGCUAUUGUCAGGCGCUGUUAAUCGCCCAGCACACGUUUGGAAGGAAUCAUGGCAGCUGUUAUCUGAUGGUGUCCUACAUGCUCAAAGGCAAUUGGCUUUAAAUACAGAAUUGGUUCUCACAGAAGCCGAACUGCAACAUUUGACCCUGAUUGAAAUAGAAAAGCUGCUUCAAGAAAAUAAAAGGACACUAAAAGAUUUCAAACCAAUCCCUUAUCCAGAUGGAUAUGUUUUGCAACAAUUAGGUAAUAGACUGAUAUAUGACGAACGCAAUUAUGACAUUGCAAAAACAAAGACAGAAUUCACAAAUCUCUUUGGUGGACUUACAGUUAUGCUAUUGAAGAAACCCAAUUUUGUGAAAGACCUUACUGAUCACCUUGACCUAGAUGAACAAAGAGCUAUGUAUCAAAAAAUUAUGCGCGCAGUUGAGUCGCAGAAUGGUGCAGUCUUCUUCCUACAUGGUUACGGUGGGACCGGUAAGACAUACAUAUGGAGAACACUGGCGGCAUCAUUAAGGUUGAAGCAUGAUAUAUGUCUGACAGUCGCAACCAGUGGUAUAGCGUCAUUAUUGUUGCCAGGAGGUCGAACUGCACAUUCAAAAUUUAAGAUACCAGUGCCAACGCUAGAUAAUUCUACUUGCAAAAUUGAGUACAAUGAUGAUGUGGGAGACCUUCUUAGACAAACUAAACUAAUUAUUUGGGAUGAGGCUCCAAUGGCACACAAGCAUACUUUUGAAGCACUUGAUAGAACGCUCAGAGACGUAAUGUCUAAAUACGGUAACUCAAAGGAGAUGUUUGGUGGAAAAGUUGUUAUUUUUGGAGGUGAUUUCAGGCAGAUUUUACCUAUUGUCCCUCGAGGUAGCCGUUCGAAUAUUGUACAUUCUGCCAUAAAUGCGUCUUACAUAUGGAAUUCUGUUCAAGUGUUAACAUUAACCAAAAACAUGCGCCUGCAAUCCGGUCCGACCCAAGAUGAUAAAAAUGAAAUGCGACAGUUUUCGGAAUGGUUGUUAAGAAUUGGCGAAGGAAAAGUAUCUGAGCCCAAUGACGGUGUGACAGAUUUUGAAAUUCCACCUGACCUAUUGAUAACACAAUUUGAAGACCCGAUCGUCGCCAUUGUUGAUGCUACAUAUCCUGACUUUAUUCACAAUUUUCAUUCAAUCCAAUACCUUAAGGGAGACAUGCGGGAUUACUACAGCUCCAAUACUGUUGAUAAGUCCGAAAUCAAUGACGACACAGUGGUAAAUAUCCUAACUCCAGAAUUUCUCAGUUCCCUACAUACAUUUGGUUUGCCUACUCAUCAUUUAAAGUUUAAGGUUGGAACACCAAUUAUGCUCAUGAAGAAUAUUGAUCAGUCAGAAGGACUAUGUAAUGGAACAAGGUUGAUAGUAACAAAAUUGGGGACACAUGUUAUUGAAGCUUCGAUAAUAGCUGGAAAGAACUGUGGCAAUCAAGUUUACAUCCCACGAAUGGAUAUGUCACCUUCCCAAUCACCAUGGCCGUUCAAGCUCAUCAGAAGACAGUUCCCCAUUAUAGUGUCAUAUGCCAUGACAAUUAACAAAUCCCAAGGACAGUCUUUGGAUACUGUUGGUCUAUACCUACCAAGGGAUGUUUUUACACAUGGACAAAUAUAUGUUGCACUAUCAAGAGUGACAACAAAAAAAGGAAUCAAGAUAUUAAUACAUGAUCAACAUACAAAAGUUAAAACAACAACUACAAAUGUAGUUUACAAGGAGAUCUUCGACAAUAUAUAA